UGCACAUCUCUCCAUCACUGGGACUCCAGCACCGAGCACACUGUCAGCUCAUCACUAGGAUUUCCUGAGUAGACUGUCAGCUCAUCACUGGGACUGCCACCUGUAACCUCUGUACACUGUCAGCUCAUCACUGGGACUGCCACCAGCAACCUAAGUACACUGUCAGCUCAUCACUGGGGCAUUGGCACUUUGUGUGCACUUUUCUGUACUGAUCAAAAAAGACUUCAAGCAUCCUGUGUCCACAUAACCCAGAGAAUACAUCAGCACCCCGUGUGUACUCAGCGCUCAGCACCCAUCAAGACCCCUAGUGCCCUGUGUGCACUGAUCAAGGAAAACUACAGCACUCUGUGUGCACUGACUGAGGCUGAGCGCACUGCUUGGAACUCUCAACUCUGAGUUUGCAUUAUACAGGACAGUAAUCACCCAGUGCGCUAUAUCCAGGACUCCAGGCACCCAGUGCGCUCUGUCCAGGACUCCAGACGCCCAGUGCGCUCUAUCCAGGACCCCAGGUACAGGGGAGAGGCUGACUCGGUUCUCAGACAGCGGAUAGCACUCCCUCGGGACUCAUGCCUCGCUCAUUCCUGGUGGAUUCCCUCAUACUAAGGGAGUCCAAUGACAAGAAGGACGAUACCAGCCCACCCAUCUUCCCCUAUGCAAUGCACCCCUCUCACCCCCUGCAUGGGCUCCCUGCCUCCUGUCACUCCAGGAAAGGGGGUCUCCUGUGUGUGUGCCCCAUGUGUGUCACCUCCCAGCUGCAUCCAGGACCCCCAGGGAUACCUCUCCUCAAGGCCUCCUUCUCCUCCUUCAGCUCCCAGUAUUGCCCACCAGGCCUGGGCAGACAGCACUCAGCAACCUCUGGGAUCAACCUGAGCCAUGCUCCAACAAUCUACCAGGCUACCUACCCCAUGGCAGACCCCAGGCAGUUCCACUGCAUAUCUGUCGACACAUCAAGCAGUCAGUUGCCCAGCAGUAAAAGGAUGCGUACAGCCUUCACCAGUACCCAGCUCUUGGAGCUGGAGAGGGAAUUUGCCUCCAAUAUGUAUUUGUCCAGACUGAGGCGCAUAGAGAUUGCCACUUACCUCAACCUCUCUGAAAAGCAGGUCAAAAUCUGGUUCCAGAACAGAAGGGUUAAGCACAAGAAAGAAGGGAAGAGCAGCUCCCACAGAGGGAGUCCCCACAACUGCAAAUGUUCAUCACUGUCUACAAAGUGUUUGGAAGAUGAAGAUGACUUACCUAUGUCGCCCUCUCCAUCCUCAUCAGAAAAAGAGGACAGAGACCUGUCACCAAGUCCUUAAUCCAAAAAAAAGCGACAAAAAUCAAUGAACUAAGACAUUAUCACUGUACAUUGGAUAGAACAUUCUAAGAGCUCAUUUAAAUUAUAUGUGUUUCAUAAUGACUGUCAACAAAGCAUCUAGACUGUGACUCUGCUGACUAUUGUACAUAGUGCAUACAUCCUAGGACUAUCACAAAAUCACUGAUGGCUACUCAGCUUGUUAAGAAAGGGUUAAUAUAGUGUUUUUACGCAUUGGGAACUGGGGUGCUGUUUUGGCACAAUACAUUGGAACAGUUUUUGACCCUCCAAGAAAGUAAAUUGCGUAACUUAGGGACAGCAAAUAUUUGUAAACUUCACUUCUCACGAUGACCAGACAGCUUUUGUUCUGCCUUUAGGUUUUAGAGGGGCUA